AUGACGUCUCGCAGGCGGAUAGAGUGUCGCAGUGGAGCCGCUGCCUCCACGGGGCUCCUGACUGACAUCCACACUCCCAUUCUCUCCGAGGCCUUUGAGAGUGUGUAUGAAAUCACCGGGGAGCUGGGCAGGGGGAAGUUUGCGGUGGUGAAGCGCUGUGUGGAGAAAGCUUCUGGUAAAGUCUUUGCCGCUAAGUUCCUGAAGAAGAGAAGGCGAGGACGGGACUCGCGGGCAGAGGUGGUGCACGAGAUGGCCGUGCUGGAGAUGACCCGGAACAACGCCAGAGUGGUUAACCUCCACGGAGCCUACGAGACAGACCACGACAUUGUCCUGGUGCUGGAAUACGCUGCAGGAGGAGAGAUCUUUGACCACUGUGCGACAGACGAGCUGCUGCCCGAGCCUCAGAUCACUCGUCUGAUCCGACAGACGCUGGAGGGAGUGCACUACCUCCACCAGAGCAGCCUGGUGCACCUGGACCUCAAGCCUCAGAACAUCCUGCUGACGAGCCUGUCCCCCGUGGGCGACAUCAAGAUCGUGGACUUUGGUCUGGCUCGGCGGCUGGGCGUCGUGGGAGAGCUCAGAGAGAUCCUGGGCACACCUGAAUACGUGGCCCCUGAAAUCCUGAACUACGAGCCCAUCACCACAGCCACAGACCUCUGGAGCGUGGGUGUGAUCGCGUACAUGCUGGUGACCGGGGAGAGUCCGUUUGUGGGAGACGACAAACAGGAGACGUAUCUGAACGUGUCUCAGGUCAACGUGGACUACAGCAGCGAGUCCUUCUCCAGAGUCAGCGAACUCGCGGUGGAUUUCAUCAGGAAACUGCUGGUCAAAGCCCCAGAGGACCGUCCCAGUGCCGCCGAGUGCAUGAGCCACCCCUGGUUGUGGCAGCAGCCUCUGUCCCUGAGCUGCGAUUUCUCCUGUGGCCUGCGACCAGUCAGAGAACGCAGCUGUGGAACCAAGUGGGCCAUUCCCCCGGAGGACACCGAGGACAAGGAGAACGUGCUGGAGUCUCCCCACGCACACGCCAAAAAGUUCAGGCUGGAAGAAGACGGGGACUUUUGA